AUGCUGGCACUCUGCAUCAGCUUGCUUGGCAUGGGCGGGAGUGUUUACGCUCUUCAGUCAGCUGUUAGCAACCUGCGCCCCUCGAAUGGUCUGCCGAAGUUUUUCCCAGAGGACAGCAAUCUCGGCGGAUUGCAGGAGCUUCAGAUGCGCUUCGGCAACGAGACAAGCAUUGAAUCGACGGAGCUCAAGCUUUGCCACGGCAGGGCGCAGGAUGCCAAGCUUGCCUGCGAUGGGGAAAGCAGGCCAACACCGACCGUGGUGCCGCCGACAGAGCCGCCGCCGCUUCACCUGCCGGGCAACUUCAAACCUGCCGCGAUGCCCCGGCCGUCACCGCCUCCAUCACCGCCACUGCCGCAUCCGCCACUGACACCGCCAUCGCAAAACCACCCUCCUCGUCCGCAGCCGACGCGUCGGCCAGCCGCAGCUUCUCAGAGGCCUUCGCGGCCUGUUGGGCCUUCGUCGGCCUCAGGGCCUUCAGCCGAGGCCGUGGGAGGCUUCGACCUGCAGCUCGAGGUGAAGGGCCACUCCUCUGCCGACAUCCAGGAGUUUGAGGAUCUCGUGCGAGACCAGAUCGUGGAGAGCUUGCAGCUUUCGCCCGAAGACCUCAGCUUCGACAUCAAGAAGGUUAAGGUGCUCGACGGGCGCCGUCUGCAGGGCCAAUACGAGGUGACUCUUCAUUUUCAUCACGUCACCCCUGAGAAGGCCAGUCCUUUUCUGUGGAAGUUCGAAGUGGAGCACUGCACAUUGGCCGCAUCAGCCGCUGCCCCCCCCACACAGGCCGCAGGCAACGCAUGCAACGCAUGCGACCCCGCAGCCCCCAAUAACACCACUCUCUUCCUCUCGCGAACCGACUACAACUUCACCGACCCGUGCUCCCGUGGCGUCACAUCCGGAAGCACAACACACGCGGCGUACCACCGUUCCUCCAACGCAGUCGAAGCUGACAACAUUGCCGUCAACUGUACCUGCAACAUCCACAUCAGCAAAGCUUUCGCCUGUGCUCAGCUAAGCAACCACGGCGGUGUCCUCGAAUUUGAGGCCCAGCACGACUUCCAUGAGGAGUCGUUCAACAGCACUGGGCUCAGUCCAGUCGACGAAGAGAGCCGUUUGGCCCCUCCAAGUGCUCUCAGAAACGAGUGUGCAAUGCAGCUCCAUCUCCAACCACGCGGAAUGCCUCACGACCGCCUGGCCGUCAUCCAUGUUCUGCUGGGUGUGCGAGAGGUCAGGGGCGUUGGCAGCGCCUAUGCCUAUGAGCUCGACCCCACCUUCGACUUGUCUCGGCGCGAGGCGCAGCUGGCCAUCGUGGACUUCUGUCAGCGCUUGCGACAGGAAGCACAGCUCAAGGUUGUCAAAGGGCAGUGGAGCUGCUGGCCAUCGAAGUUGAAGGCCGAUUUCACCUGCCAUGAUUUCCUGCUGCUCGAAGCCCGGCUGGGAAUUUGGAAAGGAGAGAUGGAUGGGCUUCUGACAAGUGCAGGCCGAGGAUGGCAGCGUGUCCUGGCCGGGGGCUUGGGCCGGAUCUCGCAGUACCUCGCGGGGUCCAGCCGCCGCCUCGGUGAUUGGCAGCUGUCUGCGAAGCCGAACGCGAAGAAGCGGCGAAGCUUCAAGUCCACUAAGGAAGACACCGCCCAGCGUGUCUUCGACGAGGUCACAAAGAAGUACAGGGGUCGGGGCCGCAAUUCUCAAGAUGUGCUUGCUGGUACUUCUGCUUUCUGGUGCCAGCCGAGUCUCAAGCUUUUCGACUUUCGACUGUACGCAACCAGAUCAGCAACAGAGAACCCUGCCGACGUAACCACCUUUGCCAGCAAGUUCCUCAGUGAGAGCGAUGACACGCUGGAGCACAUGGCCAUGACCGGUCUCAGUGCAAAGCAGCUACUGAACUCGCUUCAGCUGGGGAUCUGUGUGAUUGACAGCUGCUCUCUGCAGAAAGCAGCUGGCGAGUCUGGCCUUCAGCCUGCCGAUGCAGUCAAGAAGCUGCAGGACCUUGGCUUGAAAGUGAUUUUGAUUGUGUACGAUGACGACGAGGUGGAGUCCCAGCCCGCGGGGCUGCUGCUUCACCGGGCCUCCUUGGACGACGGGGCGGAGGUUGCUCGAGUCGCUGCUGAGUACGAAUGCGCCUUCGCCGUUCCGGCCAGGGCUGGUGAGGCAUCGUGGCCAUGGACGUUGCAGAUGGAGUACAAGCACUGGGUGCAAGCUGCGGCUUCACUUUGUGAGGUGCACUUCACUGUAGAAAGCAGUGGAAACUUCACUGCCAGGCUUCCUGAGGCAAUGAAGAAACACUUGCGAAAGCUGCGCUACCAGAAGCACCCAGAGGUGUCCAGAACCAAGCAGCCGCAACCCCAGGACUUCAAGGAGCCCUUGCAGUGGGACGCAGGACAGGCUUUCGUGGUGACCGUGACUCGAGGCGAGCGACACGAAUGGCUUCUGUGCAUUGGUGAGCUGGAAGACGCAGCGAUCCUACAGGAAGCAUCGCACCUGGCCUCUUACCUGUUGGGGACCCACGGAGCAGACUCGUGGAUCGAACGUGAGGACGACCCCAGUAUCAGUGACGCUCUAUGUGAGAUCGGUGGUUUGUGGGGCGCGAGCCGGUCAACCCUCCUUACCGCGGCCAGCGGCCCGCAUGCAGGGCUUCGCGGUCUGGGCAUCGGCAGCAACAAAAAGCUACGGCAACGAGCAGCCCUUCUGGCGCUGGCCGCUACUGCUUUCGCCCAGUGGGGUUCGGAGGAGCCUCUUCCAGGCAGCGCUGCCUCACUGAAGACCCUGGCGACAGCUGUCCGCGAGACAUUGCAGCCAGAGGGCAAAAAAGGGGCCGAGGGCCAGAUUUCAAGGCCCUUGUCUGACCUCUUCCAACGGGCGGAGGCUUUCCCAUCCGCCACGCGAGGUGGCCAGGCUUUGGUGGCGCUCGGCGCCUUCACACGCAGUCUUUGGCUCUCCGUCACCUUGUCUGCACAAACUUCCACUUGCCAGUCCGGCUUCGAUCAGCACGUUGCCAACCGAGGGCAUCGCGUGCUUCGCAAUGCUGUCCACUGCCUCUUCUUCAUUACGAACAUCUUUCAAUGGAGAUUCGGGCUGAUGGAGGCAGUGUCGCUCAUCAUUUUCUGCGGCUUCUCUGUGGACUAUCCCUUGCACGUGGUGCAGGCGUAUGUCCAAGAACGUAGCAAAGGCGCGCCAGUCGAGGAGUUUGUAAUCUAUGAAAGCGGUUUUCGAUUCCUGGAAAACAGCUUCUUCUUUUGGAAAGCCGUGGCAAGGCGAUCACGGUUCCACGAGUACUCUGCAGGAAGGAUGAUUGCCCUUCCGCCCAAAGUGCCACCUCCGCUACUCACUUCCGGAGACGAAGCUGAGCAGGAUGGAACAAAUGCGGAGGAGACUGCAGAGGUCCUGGCUGACCAGGUGACGUGCAUUCCAGUUACGGCUUUGUCCUUUGCCAAGCUCGCCGAGGAUUUAAGGCAACUCCAGGAGCAGCUCGUGGAGGCUCAUGCGAGAGAGGUGUCUCUCGCAUCCAGCACUGCAGACGGCCGUCGAUCGUCAAUGCUAUCGGUCCGCUCCACGGCAUCUGCUCCAGGCAUCAGCCUAUCGCCCUGCAGCGCGCAGAGCCUUGCGACGGGACAAGGGAAAGACCGGAGCAGUUUCUCCCUGAAGAAGGAUGCCGACAGUUCCGACUUUAUGCCGGUCUCUCCGUCGCGUGCUGCUUGCAGUAAGGGUCCCUCGCUGCCAAAGCGUUCACAGAGUGGAGGUCCAGGUGAGCGGAGCGCACUCAUGCCACGGCCAAGCAGACACGAAGGUGCAGAUGUCGACGCCAACACAGAGGCUCCAGUGGCGCUCACGGUGAGGAAGUCUUUGAUGGUGGAGGAUGCGAAGACGAUGUCCCGCUCGGUCGCAGAGCAGGCCCGGAGGCUCAGCAACAACUUGGAGGAGCAAGUUCUGGAGGAGCUGGAGAAUGUGCCGACCUCAUGCCAGUUGCGUGGAGAGUGGGCCAUCAGUGACGAGGACUUGGUCGAGCUGAAGAAGCGUACUAUCAAAUGCAGCCCGACAAAGCGCUCGACAGGCUCGGCCCACUGGUCUUACUUGCCACCAAGUCAGCGAGUCUACUUUCACGCUGGGGAGGUCAUGCUAUCGGAAGAUGCACAACCUUGGAUAUUGCGGCCCUCAUCAAAGCCACGGCUGGUUUGGGAUGUCCUUGCCCUGGUUGUGAUCGUCUACGAUUUGGUGACAGUGCCACUCCAGGUCUUUCAACUGGAUGCGGCCUUCCACGAGACCAAGCGUGGUUUGCAGCUCUUCACCACCGUCUUCUGGCUGCUGGACAUCCCCACCAACUUCCUGACCGCUGUCUACAUAAAUGGCGCUUUGCAAGUGGACCCCUACAAAAUUGCUCGGGCCUACAGCCGAUCUUGGCUCUGCUUCGACAUCCUGGUUCUGGUCCCAGAUGUGAUGGCCAUUGUCGAGGGCGCUCAAGAUGCCGCAGAGGGUACCGAAAGUAUAGGUCUCCUCCGAGCGGCACGAACCGGUCGUUUGCUUCGCUUGGUUCGCUUCCUUCGCAUACUCAGGCUUGCGAAGUUGCUCCAGGUGUUGGGAUCGCUCUCGGCACGCAUCAACCACGAGAUGGCAUUGCUUGCCUUCGGCAUCACGAAAAUGAUCUUCCUGACCGCAUAUCUCGGUCAUUUGCUGUCUUGCCUUUGGUUCGCAGUUGGUGAUGUCGAGGAUGGCUGGGUGUACACCAAGGGCCUGAAUGGUGCGCCUUUCCAUCUGCAGUACCUGACAUCUUUGGAGUGGGCACUGUCCCGCAUCCAUCCCUCGGCCAUGCAGAACAACAUGUCCCUUCAAACGGGUCCAGAGCGAGCACUUGCAAUCGCUGCGAGCUUCCUUGCUCUGGGGGUUUCCUCCCUUUUCAUCAGCAGCAUCACGAACACCAUGGCGGACAUAAACCGAGAGCGGCAGCGGAAGAAACAGAUUCUUUACUCGGUCCGCGACUACUGUGGUUCUCAUCGCAUCUCCUCCGGUCAUACACUGCGCAUCAAGCAGUAUGUUGAGCGCGAGCAUCAUCGCAAGAAGACCCAGCAGCUGCACUUGGAGCUCUUGGAGACCCUGCCGAAGGACAUGCUCUUCGAGCUCUUCCACGAAGGCCGCAGCCAGGCACUGCAGCAUCAUUCCCUCUUCGACCGGCUUGGCCGGAUAGAUCCUGUCAUGGAACUCAACUUCUGCAACAAGGUGCUGGCAGAGCUUCAUGUCAUGACCCUGGACAAGGUGUUCAAGUCUGAAGACACGGGCAAGGCCAUGUACAUUCCCGCAGCGGGGCAGUACAACUACGAGUACCUUCCACCAAAUCUUCGGGCAGCACCGGCCCAACCGAAGCAUAGCAAGAUGCGGCGCCUCAUGCAUCGCCUGAGUCUCCGCAGCACCGAAUCCAAAGUGUGGCCGACGGAGGUCGCAGCCACCACCACGGCAGUGGGUCCAGGCGAUUGCUUGAGCGAGUACUGCCUUUGGGUGGAUGGAUGGAAGCACCGCGGCAAUCUACAGGCGGCAGUUGACGGCAGGUUGAUCUCGGUACAGGUCAGUGAGAUUGGCAAAUUUCUGCAAGAUUUCCCUGCAACUUUGGUGGACACAGCACUUGCUCCUUCAACAUGGCAUUGUCACAGACCUCCCGCUGCCUUCCGCCUCUGA